AUGGGGAAGAUAGAGCACACUCUCUCAAAGCUAUUGAACAUGUGUGUGACUACUGAAAAGACCUUCAAGAGAGAAGGAGGGAAUGGGAUCAUUGUUGUUUUUUAUAAGGGUUCAACUUCUUCUACUAAGCCCAGUAAUAAAGGUAAAGGUAAAUCCAAUGCGAGCAAAAAGAAGAAAUGGAACCCUGAACUCAAACCCAAGGGAGGCGUCAAGAAGAAACAAGAAGAAGGAAAAGAGGUGAAAGGACAAUGUUUCCAUUGUAGGAAAGACGAACCCUGGAAAAUGAAUUGUCGGGCUUACUUAGCUAGCCCAAAGGACAACCGAGCUGAAGGUAAUGUUGUUGCACAGACAGAGAAAAAGUAG